AUGGCCUUCGCCGCUUCCGAGCUUCCUGCGGACAGCGCUGUUGGGAACACAUCGCUAUUUGGCUCAAACGAAAUCACACAAAAAGAUGGGUGGCUGGGAGAAAAAUACUUGGAAUAUGCCCUGGCUCAUCUAUUGCUUCGACAUACACCCGACUCCCAUGAGAUCAUCUCUUUAAAUGGCUCCUUAUUUCAAGAACUUGCGGGUUUCCGUUAUGAUAAUUUGUGUCGACAAUUGCGCAAUAAUGGGGUUCGACAAUACCGGUCUCCUGCGCCUGGCCACUUCCAAGGUCAUGUUAACUUCCGAGAAGACGCCGUGUGUUGGAUCGGUGCUAUUGUGAGGCGCGGGACAAAAAAUGAACGAGCUAUUCUUGAUCACGCCAUAGUGGACAAUUCAGAUUCGCAUAGUCCAACAUUUAACAGCACAACAGACAUAACUACUUCUGCUCAAACGGUUGUGACCAAUCAGGAAGAGUCACCGGAUGAAGAACCAACUUCGACAGACUCUGAAAGUGACAUCUGGCUGUACACCAAUACGCUGCAGGAGCGCUUUGCGGGGAAAGAUGUGGUUCCUAUCUACGAGGAGACGAUGAUUCGAAGAUAUCCGCCCAGAUUUAGGGCCGUGGUAACAUUUCGUGGCAAGAACUUUUCUGGAGAGGCUGGUAACAAGAAGCUCGCAAAACAUCGAGCCUCGAAGAAACUUUGUGGGGCCUUUGAAAUCGAAGUCCGUGAACCGUAA